AUGGCGGCGACCGCGGCGAUGGCGGCGCUCGGCGGCGAUGGCGGCGGCGGCGCGGCCUGUCCCGCCUCCCCGUGCGCCCCGCCCGGGGCAAACGAGCGGCGGGCGAGGCGCAGCCGGCGGCGCCCGAGCAGGAGCUCCGCGGAGGGCGAUGUCGGCCGUGGCGGCACCCAGGACGGUGGCCGUGGCCUCCGUGCCCGCCGGAAGAAACGGGCCGCUUGGGACCUCAAGGGCCAAGUGAGCGACAUGCGGGUGGCGUUGAGCAGCGCCAAGGAGAAGGCGCGGAGCCUGGCCGGGGAGAACCAGCAGCUCCAGAAGCGGCUGGAGACGCUGGAGCAGCAGCUGCGGGAGCAGGAGCAGCGCGGCGGCGCCCUGGAGGAACGCGUCGGCGCCCUCGGCUCCGAGCUGCUCGCCUGCCAGGAGCAGGCGCGCCAGCAGCUCCGUGAGCUGACGGAGCUCUCCGGGCGGAAGCAGGAGCUGGAGCGGCAGCUGGAGCAGAGCACCCGGAGCGUCGGCGAGCUGGAGGCAGCCAAGCGGGAUCUCACCGCCCUGCUGGAAAGCAGAGAGGCCAAGCUGCAGCUGACGGAGGAGACGCUGGCGCGGCGGGAGCGGGAGGCGGAGGAGCUGCGGGAGCGGGCGGACGCCCAGCAGCGCAGCCUGCGGCAGCAGGACGAGCGGCUCCACGGCCUGGAGAUGGAGCGCCGGCGGCUCCACAACCUCGUGCAGGAGCUCAAGGGCAACAUCCGAGUGUUUUGCCGCGUGCGACCGCUGCUGGAGUCGGAAAAGGAGACGCAGAAGGGCCUGGAGCACCUGCACUUCUCGCCGCAGGACAACAAGGCCCUGGCGCUCUCCCGGGCGGAAGAGUCUCACACGGGGCGCGACCGCAAGGGCGACGUCAAGUACGACUUCAGCUUCGACCGCGUCUUCCCGCCCGCCUGCUCGCAGCAGGAGGUGUUCGAGGAGAUCGCGCUGCUGGUGCAGUCGGCUCUCGACGGCUACCACGUCUGCAUCUUCGCUUACGGCCAGACGGGCAGCGGCAAGACUUACACCAUGGAAGGGCCGGACGUGCUGGAUCCCGAGACGUGCGGCAUGAUCCCCCGGGCGGUGCGGCAGGUCUUCCGGGGCGCCGAGGAGCUGGCGGCGAAGGGCUGGCAAUACCGCUUCACCGCCAGCUUCCUGGAGAUCUACAACGAGUCGCUGCGCGACCUGCUGGUGGGGCGGCCCGAGCGGCCCGCCGAGCUGGAGAUCCGCCGCGUCAGCUCGGCCAGCGAGGAGCUGCACGUGCCCAACCUGCGCUGCGUGCCCGUGGCCUCCGAGCAGGAGGUGCUCGAGCUGCUGCAGACGGCCAAGGCCAACCGCUCGGUGGCCAAGACGAGCCUCAACGACCGCUCGUCGCGGAGCCACAGCGUCUUCCAGCUGCGCCUGGAGGGCGCCAACGCCAGCCGCGACCUGCGCUGCAGCUCCGUGCUGAGCCUCGUGGACCUGGCGGGCAGCGAGCGCCUGGACAAGUCGCUGUCGCGGGGCGAGCGGCUGCGCGAGACGCAAGCCAUCAACGCCAGCCUCUCGGCGCUGGGGCUCGUCAUCAUGGCGCUCUCCAACAAGGAGCCCCACAUCCCCUACCGCAACAGCAAACUCACCUACCUGCUGCAAAACUCGCUGGGGGGCAGCGCCAAGAUGCUCAUGUUCGUCAACAUCUCGCCGCUGGAGGAGAAUUUCGCCGAAUCGCUCAAUUCCCUCCGUUUCGCCAGCAAGGUGAACGAGUGCGUGGUGGGCACGGCCCACGCCAACAGGAAAUAGCUCCCCCUCCCCCCCGCCGUGGGGGCCCCACUCGCGCCUUUUCUACCGUGGAUUUUAGACGCGCACAAUAAAGGUUACCCGCGCA